UGACUUUCACUUCAUAGCCCAAAAUACCCAUGUAGAAAAAUUUGCCUUUUCUCUCUAAAGUUGUCAUCUUUCUUGCAUUUUGCUCAAAUUCUUUUUUUUUUUUUUUUUUUUUUUUUGUGUGGGUAAAGGGGAGCUAAUUCUUGAUUUUCACUUCAUAGCCCAAAGUACCCAUGUAAAACAAUUUUUUUUUCUCUCUCAAGUUAUCAUUUUUAUCUUACAUUUUGCCCCAAGUUGUCAUCUUUCUUGAUUUUUUGUUUUGUGUGGAUAAAGAGUAAAAAUAUGCCUAGACCAGGACCAAGACCAUAUGAGUGUGUUAGAAGAGCUUGGCAUAGUGAUAGACAUCAACCAAUUAGAGGUUCUAUUAUACAACAAAUUUUCAGGGUUGUGAGAGAAAGACAUAGUGUUGUUACAAAGAAGAACAAAGAAUGGCAACAAAAGCUUCCUGUUGUGGUGUUAAAAGCUGAGGAAAUUAUGUACUCCAAAGCUAAUUCUGAGGCUGAAUAUAUGGAUCCUGAAACACUUUGGGAUAGGGUAAAUGAUGCCAUUGAUACAAUUAUUAGAAGAGAUGAGUCAGAGACUGGACAGCUCUUGCCUCCUUGUGUUGAAGCUGCUCUUAAUUUGGGCUGUAUACCGGAGAGAGCAUCUAGAAGCCAGCGGAACACUAAUCCGAGGAGUUACCUCAGCCCAAGAACUCAAGAACCUCAUUGUGUACCUCCUAAAGUUUUUAGUAGAAAUACCAAUGAGCUAAACUCUGCAAACCAACCACUGUUCCUGAGACCUUCAAAUGUCAAUUCACCAAGAUUAGCUUCAGAGUUUGACAGGCCUUCAAUGCCUAGCAUCAACAAUAUGGGUGCUUCUUCAAGCGCUAAAGCUGUUAUUAUUCCGGAAAGUAGUAGUUCAUUGGAUGUCGGUUCAGUAUAUCCCCUGUUUUAUGGUACUGAUCUUCAGCCUGAAGUUUCUCCGCUGGUCCCCCAAGGACCUCAACAUAAUGUAAUUGUUGGGAAACCUAUAUAUCCAUCCGUCAUUGAGCCUGCUGAAAUCAGCCGCUUCCCAAGCUUGUUUCCUUGCAGGAGAGAUGACAUUCAAGAAAAAUCAUGUCAAGCAGAUUAUAGGGACAACACUAGGAGGGUGCCUGAAUUGGAUUGUGAUUUGUCCUUAAGGUUGGGUCAAGCUAGUUGCACUGGUGAUUUUAGGCCAAGUGACAAUUCUCAUGAAAGAGACCAGUUCAAGCUUAUGAACAGUACAGGGAAAGAGUUUACUUUCUUUCCUAUGGAGUCUGCCAAUAGUCCAUCAGGGUUGCACAGAGCUCAUGGAAAUUUGGAGAAUUAUGGUCACAAUGCAGAAACACUAUUUAGGAAGCAUAAGAUGCCCGUUAGGCCAAGUGACGGUUUUCAGGAAAGACAAGACAAAGAGUAUCCUUUCUUUCUUGCGGAGUCUGCAAGUCCAUCUGGGUUGCAAACAGAUCGGGCAAAUUUAGAGGGUGAAGGUCAGAAUGCGGAAACACUACUUAGGAAACGUAAGAUGCCGUUCCAUAACGAUAUGGAACUUGGGCAAUUUUUGUGGCAAGAUGAACGAACUUUGAACCGCUUUCCUGGUCAAAUGAAAAGGCGAGGUUUGUAAGUCUGUAGGCAGGUCCAAUUUGUUUUAUGAUAAAAUUUUGAGAGAAGAGAAAUUUAGGAUGCCUCCUUUGCAUUUUAUCCUCCAAUUUUUGCUUGAAUAUGAUCUUUUUCAUUGUUAAAAACGGCACUUAAAUAUGAUGUGUAAAUGAGGAAUUUAGAACUAACAAAAAAUGCAGCAAGUUAACUUGACAGCAAUGAGCUGGGAUGAAUGGCUCAAUAUACAAUAUUCUCAGAUGUGGUUUGUUGGUAUACUAACUGUCCCUGUAAGCUUCAAACAUUUGUUCGGUUAGUUGAAUAUGUAAAUGAAGCUUGUUGUAUAAUUAAACAGUUUAUGCUAAACAUUGUGAUUUGUGUAUCAUGCUUUGAACUUAUUGGCCACUGUUACUGUCAUAUGAAUUUUACUUAUUUAUUCUCUUUAUGUCAAUUUUUUUUUCUACAAAAGUAUCAUCGUGAGUGAAGCGGAAUAGGAAAUUGUCAAAACAGUAGGUUGGUGGAUGAUGAUGUGUAUCAGAAACUAUGCCAAAGCACCAUCUUGGUGUUUCCAUAACCUAAAUGCCCAUUGAAGUAGUUUGUGAA